GUUCUUCUUCUUCAUUCAUUCAUUCUUUUUUCUUCAGUCACUCUCUACUAUUUUUCUCGUUAUUGUACUUCAUACUUCGUAAUUCAUACUUCAUCAUGGCUGAAUCGAGCAACACACCUCUGGCCUCAGGCCGGAACUGGGCGUACUCCUUCUGGCAGUUCUGGACCCCUAUCGAUACCUGCAUGAUGGCAUGGUGCUGCCCAUGCUUCCUCUUCGGCAAAACCCAAGCACGCCUCGAAGACCCAACCCUGGCAAACUACAGCCCCAUCAACGACAACUGCCUAAUCUUCUGCGGCCUCAACUGCUUCGCCGCAAGCUUCCUGAUCAUGACCAAAAAGCGCGACGAGAUGCGCCAGAAACUCGGCAUCAGCGAGACGCACCUCGAGGAGAUCCUGAAGAUGGAAAAGGGCGAUAUCAAGAAGAAGCACGGGGUCGAGGAGGCACUGGUCGAGGACUGCCUGGCCAGUUUCUGGUGUCCGUGCUGUACGCUCGUGCAAGCGGAGAAGGAGGCUGCUAGGAUUAAGGUUGGGGAGGUCGAGGCGACGGGGUAUAAGAAGACGCAGGGGAUGCAGUAUCCUUGAUGGAGUGGACAGGGACUAGAUAAUGGGUUAGUUUAUAGUAUUAAUUGGAUACCAUUGGCGCAGAUAUGAACAGCCGACAUCGCACCUACUAUCUAGUCUAAGAAUACCAAACCGGAAGGUGCUACCUGGUCGUUCCUGCUUAAAUAGGAAAGCGAGUAUCAGGAAAGCGCGACUGGCGGUUUCACACAAAUAGCCUCUUUCCAGUACGGCAGUUGAUAUGACGAAACAUGC